AUGGGCAACACUAGCAUCACCGAGGGCAAGACUGCCCUGGCAGUGGGAAGCACCUCCAUAGCCAGGGGGAAAACUACCGUUUCCUUGGGAAACUCCUCCAUCUUCAGGGGAGUGACCACCACCUCCAUGGGAGAUUCCACCAUCCAAAGGCAAAAGACGACUGUGGCUCUGGGACGGGCCAGCUUCAGCCGGGGAACCACAACCACUUCCUUCCGCAAAGCAUUGAUGUCCAAGCGCAGGAACACCUAGAUGGAAAGGACCCCAGAAGCCGCGGCUAAGACACCCAAAGCAGCCAAGCAGUCCAAAAAAGACUCUAACAAUGAGUGGAAAACCACAUUCUCGUCAAGCAAGACCUCCUUUACCAAAGGCAGGGUUUCGAUCCUGAGGACUAAGUACGCCAUCUCCUGGGGUAAA